AUGGCCAAUCGCUGCACUCACCGCCAAUCGCUGCACUCACCGCCAAUCGCUGCACUCACCGCCAAUCGCUGCACUCACCGCCAGUCGCUGCACUCACCGCCAGUCGCUGCACUCACCGCCAGUCGCUGCACUCACUGCCAGUCGCUGCACUCAAUGCCAAUCGCUGCACUCACCGCCAAUCGCUGCACUCACUGCCAGUCGCUGCACUCACUGCCAGUCGCUGCACUCACUGCCACUUGCUGCACUCACUGCCAGUCGCUGCACUCACCGCCAAUCGCUGCACUCACCGCCAAUCGCUGCACUCAUCGCCAAUCGCUGCACUCACCGCCAAUCGCUGCACUCACCGCCAAUCGCUGCACUCACCGCGAGUCGCUGCACUCACUGCCAGUCGCUGCACUCACUGCCAGUCGCUGCACUCACCGCCAAUCGCUGCACUCACCGCCAGUCGCUGCACUCACCGCCAGUCGCUGCACUCACUGCCAAUCACUGCACUCAACGCCAGUCGCUGCACUCACCGCGAGUCGCUGCACUCACUGCCAGUCGCUGCACUCACUCCCAAUCGCCGCACUCACUGCCAGUCGUUGCACUCACUGCCAGUCGCUGCACUCACCGCCAGUCGCUGCACUCACCGCCAGUCGCUGCACUCACUGCCAGACGCUGCACUCACCGCCAGUCGCUGCACUCACCAAGAGUCGCUGCACUCACUGCCAGUCGCUGCACUCACUCCCAGUCGCUGCACUCACUGCCAGUCGUUGCACUCACUGCCAGUCGCUGCACUCACCGCCAGUCGCUGCACUCACAGCCAGUCGCUGCACUCACUGCCAGUCGCUGCACUCACCGCCAGUCGCUGCACUCACCGCCAGUCGCUGCACUCACUGCCAGUCGCUGCACUCAAUGCCAAUCGCUGCACUCACCGCCAAUCGCUGCACUCACUGCCAGUCGCUGCACUCACUGCCAGUCGCUGCACUCACUGCCACUUGCUGCACUCACUGCCAGUCGCUGCACUCACCGCCAAUCGCUGCACUCACCGCCAAUCGCUGCACUCAUCGCCAAUCGCUGCACUCACCGCCAAUCGCUGCACUCACCGCCAAUCGCUGCACUCACCGCCAAUCGCUGCACUCACCGCCAAUCGCUGCACUCACCGCUAGUCGCUGCACUCACCGCCAGUCGCUGCACUCACCGCCAGUCGCUGCACUCACCGCCAGUCGCUGCACUCACCGCCAGUCGCUGCACUCACCGCCAGUCGCUGCACUCACCGCCAAUCGCUGCACUCACCGCCAAUCGCUGCACUCACCGCCAAUCGCUGCACUCACCGCCAAUCGCUGCACUCACCGCCAAUCGCUGCACUCACCGCCAGUCGCUGCACUCACCGCCAGUCGCUGCACUCACCGCCAGUCGCUGCACUCACCGCCAGUCGCUGCACUCACCGCCAAUCGCUGCACUCACCGCCAAUCGCUGCACUCACCGCCAAUCGCUGCACUCACCGCCAAUCGCUGCACUCACCGCCAAUCGCGGCACUCACCGCCAAUCGCUGCACUCACCGCCAGUCGCUGCACUCACCGCCAGUCGCUGCACUCACCGCCAGUCGCUGCACUCACCGCCAGUCGCUGCACUCACCGCCAAUCGCUGCACUCACCGCCAGUCGCUGCACUCACUGCCAGUCGCUGCACUCAAUGCCUAUCGCUGCACUCACCGCCAAUCGCUGCACUCACUGCCAGUCGCUGCACUCACUGCCAGUCGCUGCACUCACUGCCAAUCGCUGCACUCACUGCCAGUCGCUGCACUCACCGCCAGUCGCUGCACUCACUGCCAAUCGCUGCACUCACCGCCAAUCGCUGGACUCACCGCCAAUCGCUGCACUCACCGCCAAUCGCUGCACUCACGGCCAAUCGCUUCACUCACCGCCAAUCGCUGCACUCACCGCUAGUCGCUGCACUCACCACGUCGCUGCACUCACUGCCAGUCGCUGCACUCACUGCCAGUCGUUGCACUCACCGCCAAUCGCUGCACUCACCGCCAAUCGAUGCACUCACCGACAAUCGCUGCACUCAUCGCCAAUCGCUGCACUCACCGCCAGUCGCUGCACUCACCGCCAGUCGCUGCACUCACCGCCAGUCGCUGCACUCACUGUCAAUCGCAGCACUCACUGCCAGUCGCUGCACUCACUGCCAGUCGCUGCACUCACUGCCAAUCGCUGCACUCACUGCCAGUCGCUGCACUCACCACCAGUCGCUGCACUCACCGCCAGUCGCUGCACUCACCGCCAAUCGCUGCACUCACCGCCAAUCGCUGCACUCACCGCCAAUCGCUGCACUCACCGCCAAUCGCUGCACUCACCGCCAGUCGCUGCACUCACCGCCAGUCGCUGCACUCACCGCCAGUCGCUGCACUCACCGCCAGUCGCUGCACUCACCGCCAAUCACUGCACUCACUGCCAAUCGCUGCACUCACCGCCAAUCGCUGCACUCACCGCCAAUCGCUGCACUCACCGCCAGUCGCUGCACUCACCGCCAGUCGCUGCACUCACCGCCAGUCGCUGCACUCACCGCCAGUCGCAGCACUCACUGGCAGUCGCUGCACUCACUGCCAGUCGCUGCACUCACUGCCAGUCGCUGCACUCACCGCCAGUCGCUGCACUCACCGCCAGUCGCUGCACUCACUGCCAGUCGCUGCACUCAAUGCCUAUCGCUGCACUCACCGCCAAUCGCUGCACUCACUGCCAGUCGCUGCACUCACUGCCAGUCGCUGCACUCACCGCGAGUCGCUGCACUCACUGCCUGUCGCUGCACUCACUCCCAAUCGCAGCACUCACUGCCAGUCGUUGCACUCACUGCCAGUUGCUGCACUCACCGCCAGUUGCUGCACUCACCGCCAGUCGCUGCACUCACCGCCAAUCGCUGCACUCACCGCCAGUCGCUGCACUCACUGCCAGUCGCUGCACUCAAUGCCUAUCGCUGCACUCACCGCCAAUCGCUGCACUCACUGCCAGUCGCUGCACUCACUGCCAGUCGCUGCACUCACUGCCAAUCGCUGCACUCACUGCCAGUCGCUGCACUCACCGCCAGUCGCUGCACUCACCGCCAAUCGCUGCACUCACCACCAAUCGCUGCACUCACUGCCAAUCGCUGCACUCACUGCCAAUCGCUGCACUCACCGCCAAUCGCUGCACUCACCGCCAGUCGCUGCACUCACCGCCAGACGCUGCACUCACUGCCAGUCGCUGCACUCACUGCCAGUCUCUUUGCACUCACCGCCAAUCGCUGCACUCACCGCCAAUCGCUGCACUCACCGCCAAUCGCUGCACUCACCGCCAAUCGCUGCACUCACCGCCAGUCGCUGCACUCACCGCCAGUCGCUGCACUCACCGCCAGUCGCUGCACUCACCGCCAGUCGCUGCUCUCACCGCCAAUCGCUGCACUCACUGCCAGUCGCUGCACUCACUGCCAGUCGCUGCACUCACUGCCACUUGCUGCACUCACUGCCAGUCGCUGCACUCACCGCCAAUCGCUGCACUCACCGCCAAUCGCUGCACUCAUCGCCAAUCGCUGCACUCACCGCCAAUCGCUGCACUCACCGCCAAUCGCUGCACUCACCUCCAGUCGCUGCACUCACCGCCAGUCGCUGCACUCACCGCCAGUCGCUGCACUCACCGCCAGUCGCUGCACUCACCGCCAGUCGCUGCACUCACUGCCAGUCGCUGCACUCACUGCCAAUCGCUGCACUCACUGCCAGUCGCUGCACUCACCGCCAGUCGCUGCACUCACCGCCAGUCGCUGCACUCACCGCCAAUCGCUGCACUCACCGCCAAUCGCUGCACUCACCGCCAAUCGCUGCACUCACCGCCAAUCGCUGCACUCACCGCCAGUCGCUGCACUCACCGCCAGUCGCUGCACUCACCGCCAGUCGCUGCACUCACCGCCAGUCGCUGCUCUCACCGCCAAUCGCUGCACUCACUGCCAGUCGCUGCACUCACUGCCAGUCGCUGCACUCACUGCCACUUGCUGCACUCACUGCCAGUCGCUGCACUCACCGCCAAUCGCUGCACUCACCGCCAAUCGCUGCACUCAUCGCCAAUCGCUGCACUCACCGCCAAUCGCUGCACUCACCGCGAAUCGCUGCACUCACCGCGAGUCGCUGCACUCACUGCCAGUCGCUGCACUCACUGCCAGUCGCUGCACUCACCGCCAAUCGCUGCACUCACCGCCAGUCGCUGCACUCACCGCCAGUCGCUGCACUCACUGCCAAUCACUGCACUCAACGCCAGUCGCUGCACUCACCGCGAGUCGCUGCACUCACUGCCAGUCGCUGCACUCACUCCCAAUCGCCGCACUCACUGCCAGUCGUUGCACUCACUGCCAGUCGCUGCACUCACCGCCAGUCGCUGCACUCACCGCCAGUCGCUGCACUCACUGCCAGACGCUGCACUCACCGCCAGUCGCUGCACUCACCACGAGUCGCUGCACUCACUGCCAGUCGCUGCACUCACUCCCAGUCGCUGCACUCACUGCCAGUCGUUGCACUCACUGCCAGUCGCUGCACUCACCGCCAGUCGCUGCACUCACAGCCAGUCGCUGCACUCACUGCCAGUCGCUGCACUCACCGCCAGUGGCUGCACUCACCGCCAGUCGCUGCACUCACUGCCAGUCGCUGCACUCAAUGCCAAUCGCUGCACUCACCGCCAAUCGCUGCACUCACUGCCAGUCGCUGCACUCACUGCCAGUCGCUGCACUCACUGCCACUUGCUGCACUCACUGCCAGUCGCUGCACUCACCGCCAAUCGCUGCACUCACCGCCAAUCGCUGCACUCAUCGCCAAUCGCUGCACUCACCGCCAAUCGCUGCACUCACCGCCAAUCGCUGCACUCACCGCCAAUCGCUGCACUCACCGCCAAUCGCUGCACUCACCGCUAGUCGCUGCACUCACCGCCAGUCGCUGCACUCACCGCCAGUCGCUGCACUCACCGCCAGUCGCUGCACUCACCGCCAAUCGCUGCACUCACCGCCAAUCGCUGCACUCACCGCCAAUCGCUGCACUCACCGCCAAUCGCUGCACUCACCGCCAAUCGCUGCACUCACCGCCAGUCGCUGCACUCACCGCCAGUCGCUGCACUCACCGCCAGUCGCUGCACUCACCGCCAGUCGCUGCACUCACCGCCAAUCGCUGCACUCACCGCCAAUCGCUGCACUCACCGCCAAUCGCUGCACUCACCGCCAAUCGCUGCACUCACCGCCAAUCGCGGCACUCACCGCCAAUCGCUGCACUCACCGCCAGUCGCUGCACUCACCGCCAGUCGCUGCACUCACCGCCAGUCGCUGCACUCACCGCCAGUCGCUGCACUCACCGCCAAUCGCUGCACUCACCGCCAGUCGCUGCACUCACUGCCAGUCGCUGCACUCAAUGCCUAUCGCUGCACUCACCGCCAAUCGCUGCACUCACUGCCAGUCGCUGCACUCACUGCCAGUCGCUGCACUCACUGCCAAUCGCUGCACUCACUGCCAGUCGCUGCACUCACCGCCAGUCGCUGCACUCACUGCCAAUCGCUGCACUCACCGCCAAUCGCUGGACUCACCGCCAAUCGCUGCACUCACCGCCAAUCGCUGCACUCACGGCCAAUCGCUUCACUCACCGCCAAUCGCUGCACUCACCGCUAGUCGCUGCACUCACCGCCAGUCGCUGCACUCACUGCCAGUCGCUGCACUCACUGCCAGUCGUUGCACUCACCGCCAAUCGCUGCAAUCACCGCCAAUCGAUGCACUCACCGACAAUCGCUGCACUCAUCGCCAAUCGCUGCACUCACCGCCAGUCGCUGCACUCACCGCCAGUCGCUGCACUCACCGCCAGUCGCUGCACUCACUGUCAAUCGCAGCACUCACUGCCAGUCGCUGCACUCACUGCCAGUCGCUGCACUCACUGCCAAUCGCUGCACUCACUGCCAGUCGCUGCACUCACCGCCAGUCGCUGCACUCACCGCCAGUCGCUGCACUCACCGCCAAUCGCUGCACUCACCGCCAAUCGCUGCACUCACCGCCAAUCGCUGCACUCACCGCCAGUCGCUGCACUCACCGCCAGUCGCUGCACUCACCGCCAGUCGCUGCACUCACCGCCAGUCGCUGCACUCACCGCCAAUCACUGCACUCACUGCCAAUCGCUGCACUCACCGCCAAUCGCUGCACUCACCGCCAAUCGCUGCACUCACCGCCAGUCGCUGCACUCACCGCCAGUCGCUGCACUCACCGCCAGUCGCUGCACUCACCGCCAGUCGCAGCACUCACUGGCAGUCGCUGCACUCACUGCCAGUCGCUGCACUCACUGCCAGUCGCUGCACUCACCGCCAGUCGCUGCACUCACCGCCAGUCGCUGCACUCACUGCCAGUCGCUGCACUCAAUGCCUAUCGCUGCACUCACCGCCAAUCGCUGCACUCACUGCCAGUCGCUGCACUCACUGCCAGUCGCUGCACUCACCGCGAGUCGCUGCACUCACUGCCUGUCGCUGCACUCACUCCCAAUCGCUGCACUCACUGCCAGUCGUUGCACUCACUGCCAGUCGCUGCACUCACCGCCAGUUGCUGCACUCACCGCCAGUCGCUGCACUCACCGCCAAUCGCUGCACUCACCGCCAGUCGCUGCACUCACUGCCAGUCGCUGCACUCAAUGCCUAUCGCUGCACUCACCGCCAAUCGCUGCACUCACUGCCAGUCGCUGCACUCACUGCCAGUCGCUGCACUCACUGCCAAUCGCUGCACUCACUGCCAGUCGCUGCACUCACCGCCAGUCGCUGCACUCACCGCCAAUCGCUGCACUCACCACCAAUCGCUGCACUCACUGCCAAUCGCUGCACUCACUGCCAAUCGCUGCACUCACCGCCAAUCGCUGCACUCACCGCCAGUCGCUGCACUCACCGCCAGACGCUGCACUCACUGCCAGUCGCUGCACUCACUGCCAGUCGUUGCACUCACUGCCAGUCGCUGCACUCACCGCCAAUCGAUGCACUCACUGCCAGUCGCUGCACUCACCGCCAAUCGCUGCACUCACUGCCAGUCGCUGCACUCACCGCCAGUCGCUGCACUCACCGCCAGUCGCUGCACUCACCGCCAGUCGCUGCACUCACCGCCAGUCGCUGCACUCACCGCCAGUCGCUGCACUCAAUGCCUAUCGCUGCACUCACCACCAAUCGCUGCACUCACUGCCAGUCGCUGCACUCACCGACAAUCGCUGCACUCAUCGCCAAUCGCUGCACUCACCGCCAGUCGCUGCACUCACCGCCAGUCGCUGCACUCACCGCCAGUCGCUGCACUCACUGUCAAUCGCAGCACUCACUGCCAGUCGCUGCACUCACUGCCAGUCGCUGCACUCACUGCCAAUCGCUGCACUCACUGCCAGUCGCUGCACUCACCGCCAGUCGCUGCACUCACCGCCAGUCGCUGCACUCACCGCCAAUCGCUGCACUCACCGCCAAUCGCUGCACUCACCGCCAAUCGCUGCACUCACCGCCAAUCGCUGCACUCACCGCCAGUCGCUGCACUCACCGCCAGUCGCUGCACUCACCGCCAGUCGCUGCACUCACCGCCAGUCGCUGCACUCACCGCCAAUCACUGCACUCACUGCCAAUCGCUGCACUCACCGCCAAUCGCUGCACUCACCGCCAAUCGCUGCACUCACCGCCAGUCGCUGCACUCACCGCCAGUCGCUGCACUCACCGCCAGUCGCUGCACUCACCGCCAGUCGCAGCACUCACUGGCAGUCGCUGCACUCACUGCCAGUCGCUGCACUCACUGCCAGUCGCUGCACUCACCGCCAGUCGCUGCACUCACCGCCAGUCGCUGCACUCACUGCCAGUCGCUGCACUCAAUGCCUAUCGCUGCACUCACCGCCAAUCGCUGCACUCACUGCCAGUCGCUGCACUCACUGCCAGUCGCUGCACUCACCGCGAGUCGCUGCACUCACUGCCUGUCGCUGCACUCACUCCCAAUCGCUGCACUCACUGCCAGUCGUUGCACUCACUGCCAGUCGCUGCACUCACCGCCAGUUGCUGCACUCACCGCCAGUCGCUGCACUCACCGCCAAUCGCUGCACUCACCGCCAGUCGCUGCACUCACUGCCAGUCGCUGCACUCAAUGCCUAUCGCUGCACUCACCGCCAAUCGCUGCACUCACUGCCAGUCGCUGCACUCACUGCCAGUCGCUGCACUCACUGCCAAUCGCUGCACUCACUGCCAGUCGCUGCACUCACCGCCAGUCGCUGCACUCACCGCCAAUCGCUGCACUCACCACCAAUCGCUGCACUCACUGCCAAUCGCUGCACUCACUGCCAAUCGCUGCACUCACCGCCAAUCGCUGCACUCACCGCCAGUCGCUGCACUCACCGCCAGACGCUGCACUCACUGCCAGUCGCUGCACUCACUGCCAGUC